CAUGUAUCCAAAGGCAAGCAAUAAACAGUUCUAUUAUCUCAUCUCCAAUUCUCUGUGCUCUCAUCUCCAUUGCUGUUAUCAUCUCCAUCCAGUUGACGCCCUAGGCGUUUCCUCCAUCAACAUCACGGGUAGAAAACCGGCCAAAGACAGGCCGGCUACCUCCCACUCCUAUCCGAUCAGGUCGCUGCCACAAGGCCGUGACAACUUGGUAUCAGAGACCAUGUCUUCCGGAUCGGAGAACGACAAUGUUCAAGCUUUGAUCGCGGCGCAAGAAGAACGCUUUCAAGCGCGCUUCAUGGACAUCAACAACUCUUUCGGUGAAAUCAAAACCCUCUUGUCCAGUCUUAUGGAUCGGAUGACGGUAUUGGAGAAAGGCAAGAAUCUGGAAGAUGCUCCGAUCACAGGGGAUUUCGCGUUGUCGGCUGCAAAUCGGACGCCACCACCAGCUUCUUUUCCAGUGUUGGGCGGCACUGGGAUUCUGCAACCGGACGGCAACAUGCGUCCGCCGCAGAGCUUCAUGACAGGACCGUCGCUCGGCGGUAACCAGCAAGUCCAUGACACCAGCGUAAAGGACUUCAAGGCUGAUGCAAGCAGCAUCAGUACUGGUGCAGUGCCUCGCUUCUUCAAGCUCGAGUUUCCACAGUACGAUGGCAAAACCGACCCUCUUCCCUGGCUUACUCGAUGUGAGCAGUUUUUCCGCGGACAAAAGACCGAAGAACAACACAAGGUAUGGCUUGCGUCAUAUCACAUGGACGACAACGCACACCAUUGGUACUUCCACCUAGAACGCAGCCAUGGCAAGCCGCCCUGGCACGAGUUCAAGACCUUAUGCAACACACGCUUCGGGCCUCCAAUCCAUAGCAAUCCCUUGGGUGAACUUCGUCAUCUUCGCCAGACCGGAACCGUGGAAGAUUACCAGAGCCGAUUUUUGGCGCUCCUUAGCUGUGCAGAUCCUUUGACGGGAACACAAGAGCGUCAGCUAUUCACUUCGGGCCUCACGGAUGAGCUGCGGAUUGAUGUCGAAUUGCAAGAUCCGAGCGACCUCGAGGAGGCCAUGAGCUUGGCCCGUGCUUAUAAGAAGAAGGCCGCUCGCUUACCGCGUUAUGGUGGCUCGCGGUCACUGUCGGGGCAGCGCCCAGAGUCCAUGCACGCCGCCUCUUCCGGCACGGCUGCUCCAACACAUGCUGCAACUGCUGGUGCCUCUGCUGCUGCGUCAAUCGACACCACGGGACCGCACCAAAUUCGGCGCCUCACUCCAUCUGAGAUGGCGGAGCGUCGCUGGCAGGGUCUUUGCUUCAAUUGUGACGAACGAUUUGUCCGCGGCCAUAGGUGUGCUCAUCUCUUCUUCAUCGAGUAUGACGAUUCGGCGUCGGACAUGGAUGACUGGUGCGCGCGUGACGAAGGUCAGACUGAGCCGCAUAUCUCUUUAUACGCAGUUGCUGGCGUGCACCAGAUCAACACCGUGCGACUGAAGAUCCAAAUUGGUGGCACAACUGUGCUCGCUCUGGUUGAUUCUGGCUCAUCGCACAAUUUUAUCAGGGAAGACCUCACACACCACCUGGGCAUUGGUCAGAUCAGCCUGCGAGUUAUGGUAGCCAAUGGUGAUCACUUGACUGCACUAGGCCUCUGCAAGGACCUGUGCAUCCUUGUUGAUCGUGAGGAAUUCGCGGUUGAUUUCUACGCCGUUCCACUGUGUGACUAUGAUGUGAUUCUGGGUACCCAAUAG